UAUUUUGUUGUUGGGUUAUACUACUAGUGUUGCAUUCAAGUGUUGCGGUAGUACUCGCAUCACGUUGACGUUUAAUCAUUCCUAGCGACUUCGAUACUAAACCCAUAUCCCCUAGCAGAGAGAGAAUUAUGGGAUCGGUGGCGCAUGGCGAUGAAGCUAUAACUACGUAUAGUAUGCAUGUAUCGUCCAAAUACCUUGAGCUCACAAGAAAGAAACUCGAAUUAACGCGUCUGCCACGGGAGUUGGAAUUACCUGAAGAGCGGAUGUGGGAGCAUGGUACACCGAAGCGUGUUCUUGAACCUCUGCUGGAUUUCUGGCUAGAAACCUACGACUGGCGCGCCGCUGAAUCCCGCUUCAAUUCCCUCCUCCCCCAGUUUCGCACAACAAUCCGUACCACAUCACCGACAGGAACGCAAUCUCUCCGCGUGCACUUUGUACACAAGCGGUCUACAAGACCGGGCGCUAUUCCACUGCUGCUAGCACAUACAUGGCCCUCGUCGUUUAUAGAGGUCCAACGUAUUAUUAAUGCACUGACGGAACCGCAGUACGUACCUGAUAUGGGUGGUGCGGUACCACAGGCAUUCCAUGUUGUGGCGCCGAGUAUACCUGGUUUUGGGUUUAGCGAUGCGAGUAUGCAGGAAGGAUUUGGGUUGGAGGGCACGGCGGAGGUGUUUUGGGAGUUGAUGGGACGAUUGGGGUAUAGCGAGUUUGUCGCACAUGGGACAGGGUGGGGCUUUAGUAUCUGUCGGGUGCUGGCGAUAAGGUAUCCAAAAGCUUGUCUCGCGGUGCAUACGGUGAAUCCAGCGUUCAAGGCGCCGACGUAUAGACAGAGUCCGUUACAGUAUGUCAAGUGGCGGAUUGCUGAAUUGACGCAGGCAAAGGUACCAUUGUUGAGCUUUGGAUAUGUUGGUAGCGAUGUCGAACUACGAUCUGGACAGCGGAGAGAGGACUUGGGGAUGCAGAAUGAGAUAGGUAAUAGUCAACCGCUAGGACCGGCAUUGCAUCGUCUCUGCUCGCUUCGACCGCAGACACUGGCGUUUUCACUAUGUGACUCGCCGGUUGGUCUGCUUGCAGCACUCUUGGACGUCAUACAUACACGAGACGUUGCUCCACGACCAUUUUCGGGUAGACCAAGGAGCCCAUUCCUUUCGCCAGUUGAGCUGGAGAUGCAGCAGAGUGAUGAGGAGCAAGUUGAAGUUGGUCAAGUACCAUCAGGGCUCAUGCCACAGUCUCCGGAGUAUACUACACGGGAGGAUGAGAGCGAUGGCAAGAGAUGUACAUGGAGUCCGACAGAGGUGUUGAAUUUUACAAUGUUGCAGUGGCUGCCGGGACCUGAAGCGGUAAGUGAGCACCAUCCAAUUCGGCCCCCAAUUUCGUAUGACAGCUGAUGAACAACCCUAGGCCCUUCGCUGGUUGCGCCGUGCAUACAUGGACACAAUGGCUCCAUGGUAUUCCAAUUAUAUACCAACACCGCUUGGAGUAUCGACAUUUCUUCCGCACAAUAGUAAUUCCUCCACACCUCUGAUGUGG